AUGUUUGAGUAUCCCUUGUACAAGGAACACUUCAUGAAGUCGCCUGGUAACACGCGCAAGAUGUCGGAUGCUUCUGAUGACACAUCAGAAGCAACUGCACCGGAUGUUCUAUCCAAAGCGUUGCCUCCCACCCCAAUCCGGAAACGGGACGCAAGACUGAGUGCGCCUUCGCAGUUGUAUAUUCCAUCUCCUGAUCAAACUGCCGAGACAUACUCACCAGUGGGGAUGCAUUCACGACUUGGAAUGCAACGAAUUGUUGGAAUUGAUUGUGAAAUGGUUGGCGUUGGGCCUGGUGGUUUUCAAUCGGUUCUCGCUAGGGUGACUAUCGUCGAUUAUCAUGGCACUCUUUUGCUUGAUACAUUUGUGCAAGUGCAGGAUAAAAUUACCGACUACAGAACUCACGUGUCAGGUAUCAGUCCCAGUGACUUGCAGUCAGCCGGGGCUGUUUCAUUUCAAAGAUGCCGACAGUAUGUCCAAUCAAUUAUCAAACAUAAGAUUCUUGUAGGACAUGGCCUUCAGAACGACUUGAGAGUUCUAUCAAUCCAACACCCAUGGUACAAUAUUCGAGAUACUAGUAUGUAUCAGCCAUACAUGCGAGUGGAUGCUUGCGGUCGGUUGCGUCCUUGCCGAUUGAAACAAUUGGCAUCCAUUCAUCUUGGGGUUUCCAUUCAAGAACAUGGUCGUCCUCAUGAUUCUUUGGAUGACGCUGCUGCCGCCAUGGCACUCUAUCGAAACGUUCAGGUGGAGUGGGACUAUGCCAUGGAGUGCAACCGCCAAGCUUAUCUCUGUUCUUCGCCAAAUCGAAUGUCGCCAUUGGCGCAAACUAUUUAA